CACCCCGCACCCGCACCCGCACCCCCCCCGUGCGGUGGUGGCUGAGCCAUGGCGGCAGCGAUGUUGGAGCGUUUGAAGAAGUUCCUCAACGAGGACAACGCGUUAGGCAACGCGUUGGGCAAAGUCGAGAGCAAGACGGGCGUCAAGAGGCACUACACGGCGCUGGCUGUCAUUGGGGUCCUUUCCGUUUACCUUGUGUUCGGAUAUGCAGCAUCUUUACUUUGCAACUUGAUCGGAUUCGUUUACCCUGCUUAUAUCUCAAUCAAGGCAAUUGAAAGCCCCCAAAAGGAUGACGACACAAUCUGGCUGAUGUACUGGGUGGUGUACGGUAUUUUCAGUGUGGCAGAAUUCUUCGCUGACAUCUUUCUCUCCUGGUUCCCCUUCUAUUAUAUUGGGAAGUGUGUGUUCCUGGUUUGGUGCAUGGCUCCCACCUCUUCUAAUGGUUCUCAACUGAUCUACAAGCGCUUUAUCCGCCCCUUCUUUAUCAAGCAUGGGGAUAAAGUGGAUCGUUUUGCGAAGGAUUUGACCAACAAGGCCUCUGAGGCUGCAGACAGCAUUUCAAGUGUUGCCAAGAAAGCAACAGCAAAUAUACUUUUGGAAGAAAAGAAAAGCACUUAAAGAUUGCGUGAGAAAGCUUGUCUCCUCUAUCCUCACUUCUUCAGGAUGCAGAAGAACACGGGAUAUUGCCUUUGGAAAGUUUUUUUUAAUGCACACUUUGAAUGUGUCUUUGUUACACUUGUAACCCCUGUGCUGAUUUUACCAAGAAUCCAUAAAAGUGAGAAAUGUGUAUGGUACUCAAACCGCAAUGUAAUAUUACAAUCAGUGUUUAAUCGCUUGUUACAAAUGGUCAUGUUCUCUCACCUUUGUACAGGUUUUAGUCCUGUAAUUGAUUGUUUGCUGGCCUGUAAGUGUCCUCUAUGGUCUGAUAUGUGCCCAAUAAACUUAUAAAGUCCCUUC